AGAAAAUUUAAAGAUAUUUUCCUCCCAUUAUACUCUCACACUUUUAUUUUGAUAUUUUCCACCAAUAAGUCCAAAUUACAGGACAAGUCAAACUUGAUCACCUGCUAUAAUUUACUGGUAUAAUGGAUACCCAUAUAUUUUCCUCCCAUUUUACUCUCCCACUUUCAUUUUGAUAUUUUCCACCAAUAAGUCCAAAUUACAGGACAAGUCAAACUUGAUCACCUGCUACAAUUUAGUGAUAUAAUGGAUGCCCAUGUGUUGUUUGGAUACUUGUAGUUGCAGAUUUGAGCUCCAUAAAAAACCCAACAAUUUGAGGCUUUGCAUAAAACUGUUCAUAGAUUGCUAAAGCUUCUUAAAAUCCAAUUACUUGUGCAAAGGAAAGAAAGAAAGUAUGGCUCUGGGAGAGAUAUUUCUUGCAACUUUCCUUGAGGUGUUAUUUGACAGAUUGGCGUCUGUCGAACUGUUGAAAUUUGCACGCAUAGGUGGAAUUAAGAAGAAACUGCAGAAGUGGCUCCAAAUGCUGUUAGCAAUUCAAGCAGUGCUUGAGGAUGCAGAGGAGAAGCAACUAACUGAUAAAGCUGUCAAACUGUGGUUAGAUAAUCUCAGGGACUUGGCCUAUGAUGUGGAGGAUAUGCUAGAUGAGUUUGCAGUUGAAGCUAUGAGAUGCAAAUUGAAGGUAUCAGGUGAGACGAGUACAAAUCAGGUACAGAAACUUGUCCCUGCUUGUUGUACCACUUACAGUGCAAAGGCUGUCAAGUUUAGUCUUAGAAUGAGAUCCAAGAUGGAGAGUAUAACUAGAAGACUAGCUGAUAUUUCAAAACAAAAGAUCCGACUUGGUUUAGCAAAAAUCCCAGUAGGGCAAUCUUCUAAUAUAUGGCAGAGACUACCUAGUACAUCUGUGCCAACAGAAACUCAAGUUUAUGGCAGGGACGAAGACAAAGAGAAGAUGCUUGAUUUGUUGUUAAGGGAUGAAUCCAGUGAUGUCAAUUUUCAAGUUAUUUCUAUUGUUGGUAUGGGUGGGGUGGGAAAAACAACACUUGUUCAGCUUCUAUACAAUGAUGAUGCAGUAGGACACUUUAAUCCAAAAGCUUGGGUUUGUGUAUCGGAGGAGUUUGAUGUUUUGAGGAUAACCAGGACAAUUCUUGAGUCAGUCACUUCGUUGCCUUGCGAUCUAAAGGACUUCAAUCAAAUUCAAGUUAGACUGAAAGAUGCUUUAGCUGGGAGAAAAUUUUUGAUCGUUUUAGAUGAUGUUUGGAACAAGAACUAUGGUGAGUGGAAUAGGCUGCAGCCACCAUUUCGAGCUGGAGCACCCGGAAGUAAAAUAAUUGUAACAACACGGGACAGCAAUGUUGCUUUACUAAUGGGAGCCGCUAAAUUUCACUACUUGGAGCAAAUGUCAAAUGAUGACUGUUGGUCAGUAUUUGCGCAGCAUGCAUUUGAGAAUAAAGAUCUUGCUGCACAACCAAAUCUGGAAAUAAUUGGCAGAAAAAUUGUUAAGAAGUGUAAAGGAUUGCCUUUGGCAGCAAGAACUCUUGGAGGCCUAUUACGAUGCAAAGAAAGAGAUUAUGAGUGGGAAGAUAUAUUGAAUAGCAAAUUAUGGAGUCUAUCUGAUGAGGAAAGUGAAAUUCUACCUGUUCUGAGGUUGAGCUACUACCAUCUCCCUUCUCACUUGAAGAGGUGCUUUUCCUUCUGUUCAGUUCUCCCAAAGGACUAUGAAUUUGAACAGAAGGAGCUGGUCUUGUUAUGGAUGGCAGAAGGUUUGGUUCAACAACCUGAAGAAAAUAAGCAAAAAGAAGACAUAGGUGGCGAAUACUUCUGUGAGCUAUUGUCAAGAUCAUUAUUUCAACGAUCAAGUAGGGAUCAAUCAAAAUUUGUGAUGCAUGACCUCAUCAGUGAUCUAGCUCAAUGGGUUGCAGGAGACAUAUGCUUUAUGCUGGAGGAUAAAGUGGAUGGUAGCAAGAUGAAAAUUUCCCCAAAGGCUCGCUAUUCAUCUUACAUUUGUGGCCAAUAUGAUGACUUAAAAAAAUUUGAGGCCUUUUCUGAUGCCAAAGGUUUGAGAACCUUCUUGCCAUUUUUGUCGCCUUAUCCUGGAAAAUGCUAUCUCACCAACUAUGUUCCUUCUGAUUUGUUGCCAAAGUUAAGAUGCUUGAGGAUACUCUCUUUAAGUGGAUAUAACAUCACUGAGCUGCCCAGUUCAAUAGGUGAGUUAAAGCAUCUAAGGCACUUCAACCUUUGUCACACAAACAUUAGAAAUUUACCUGAGUCAGUAAGUUCUCUACAUAACUUGCAGACAUUACUUUUAAGAGAUUGCCUUCUGCUCAAGAAUUUGCCUGCAAAAAUGGGAAACCUAAUCAACUUACGGCAUCUUGAUAUUACAAAUGGGGAGUCAAUAAAAGAAAUGCCAUUAGGAAUGAAUAAACUAACCAAUUUGCAGACCUUAUCUGACUUUGUUGUGGGCAAAGAUAAAGGAUCUAGUUUAAAAGAGUUGAUGGAGUUGACGUUUCUCUGUGGAACACUUUGCAUUUCAAGAUUGGAAAAUGUGGUUGAUGCUAGGGAUGCAAGGGAGGCCAACUUAAAGAACAAACAAGAUCUAGAUGUGUUGUUUCUGAAAUGGGGUUCUGAAUUUGAUAAUUCACGAAAUGAAAGAGUUGAAAAAGAUGUACUCGACAUGCUACAACCAUAUACAAAGGUGAAAGAGCUGACCAUUCAAUGUUAUGGUGGAACCAAAUUUCCAAUUUGGUUAGGAGAUCCUUCAUUCUGUUACCUGGCGUUCAUAAGGCUGGAGAAUUGUGAGAACUGCACAUCCUUGCCGCCACUUGGGCUCCUUGCCUCUCUUAAAGAGCUGAGUAUCAUAGGAAUGUCUGGUAUAAAAAGUAUUGGUGCUGAGUUUUAUGGGGAGAAUUGCUCAAACCCGUUUCCAUCACUGCAGAUGCUUUUGUUUCAGGCCAUGAGAGAAUGGGAAGUUUGGAUUCCUUAUGGAGCUGAAGAUGAAGAGUUCCCCUGCUUGCGUGACCUUUGGAUUCAAAGCUGUCCCAAACUAACAGGAAAAUUACCAAAUUAUCUUUCGUCAUUGGAGAAACUUGUCAUUCUUGAAUGUGAGGAGUUAGUGGUUUCAAUUCCAAGCCUUCCAAUGCUUUCCAAACUACAAAUUGAAGGAUGCAAAAAGGUGGUGCAUGGAGGUUUGGUCAAUUUCAGCUCCCCAAACUCCCUGGUGGUUUCAACCAUUUCAGAGCUCACAUGCCUCACAGAAGAAUUCAUGCAAGGGUUAAAAAAUGUGGAGGAUUUGAAGGUCUUUGGUUGUAAAGAGCUAAUAUCGUUGUGGCAGAGUGACAUAGGAUUAUGCCAGUGGCUCACUUUCCUUCGUAAUUUGGUUAUCGAGGGCUGUCCCAAGCUAGUUUCUUUGGUGGCAGAGGAAGAUCAAGAGCAGCUGCAGUGGUGUGGCUGUGAACUUCAGUGUCUUGAAGUAAGGCAUUGUGAAAGCCUGGUGAUGUUGCCUCAAUGCUUGCAUAGCCUUAUUUCUCUUAGAGAGCUAGUGAUCGAAUCAUGCCCAAGGCUCAUUUCCUUUCUAGAGGCUGGUCUACCUCCCAUGCUAAGAGUGAUUCGGAUUAAAAAUUGCAGUGCUCUAGGUCCCUUGCCUUCUGCAGUGAUUUGCAAUAGUACAUGCCUUGAAAACUUGUACAUUGAAGGAUGUGAUUCUUUGAUGUCCUUUGCUAGGAGCCAACUCCCAUCCACCCUAAAAAGUUUAGAGAUAAGAAGUUGCAAGAAUUUGCAGUACUUGUUGAGUGAUGGAGAGAGUUCAUCUUCUUCCUCUUUGUCAAUGAUGAGUGAACAGGGCAUCAAUACAGCCAUUCUUGCACAUCUGCAUAUUUAUGAUUGCCCAUCACUCUUGUCCUUAUCACCAAGAGGUGAAUUACCUGCUGCGCUAAUUCAUCUGCAGAUCAAGAACUGUUCAGAGCUCACUUCUUUAGCUGCAGGAGGCAAAUUGCCAGCAAAGCUUAAACACCUUUCCAUUGAGGACUGCCCAAAGCUGGAGUCAGUGGGAGAGAGGUUUGAAGAUGAGAUGUCUCUUGAAACUAUUUAUAUCUUCAGUUGUGGAAGUCUUAAUUCCUUUCCAGAGGGCAUACACAACCUAACCCAUCUCCAUGAAAUUUCUAUAUGGUAUUGCCCAGGUCUCGUUUUGUUUCCAGGAGAAUUACCCACCUCCAAUCUGCGGGAGCUCUGCAUUUCUUGGUGUGAAGAACUCGAGGCCCUGCCUGAUCGUCUUCACAAUCUCACCUCUCUCCAAGAAUUGUGGAUAUAUGAUUGUCCAAACAUUGUAUCCUUUCCAGAAGAGGGCUUCCCCACAAAAUUAACAUCGCUUACCAUCACAAAUCUCAACAUCUGUAAACCAUUGUUAGAGUGGGGGCUCCAGAGACUAAACUCUUUGAAAGACCUCUACAUUGAAGGUGGAUGUAUUGACGUGGUGUCCUUCCCACAGGAUGAGUUAAGAAUGAUGCUGCCAGCCUCCUUAACAAGCUUGUCAAUUAUAAAAUUUCCAAAUCUGAGAUACCUAUCUACUAGAGGCUUUCAGAACCUGACAUCUCUUGAAUAUUUGAGUAUCUCAUAUUGCCAUAAGCUCAAAUCUUUUCCCAAAAAAGGCCUGCCAUCCUCACUUUUGCGACUAUAUAUCUAUAGCUGUCCUCUGCUCAAGAAAAACUGCAAGAAGAAUAAAGGGCGUGAGUGGUUCAAGAUAGCCAAUGUCCCUUGCGUAAGGAUAGAUGGUAGUUUCAUCCAUGAACAGUAGACAUAAGAGCAACUUGCUGAGAAGAUAUAUCACAGGUCAGAAUUCAGGCUUACCUCUUCACACUGCAAUUUUCAGUGUUUUAACAUUUGAUAAGGUGGUUUUAUAUCUUGUAGUCAAGAAAAGUCAAUACCCAAGCUUUUAUCUUUCCUUUCAACAAUAAUUCUGGUUUCAUGUGUGAAAUAUAAGUUAACAGUCUUUAACAUUUUGUCUUUGAUUUGUGAUUCACAACCUCUGGUGGAGUAGUUGGCAGUAAGUCUGCUUUUGUUUUAAACUUUUAGAAAGUACUGAAAAUAAGUCAUAGCAGAUUUAUUGAGCAAAUAAGAAAGCAUAUUUAAACAA